AUGUCGAAAGCAACAACAAUUAAGGAAGCUCUAAAACGCUGGGAGGAUCGGGAACAGCAGAAUUCGGUUAAUGCCAAGGACAUUGACUUGCAGUUCCAAUGGCCACCAAUAGAAAAAAUGGAUAACACCCUGGGAACGCUAGUAAACUGCGAAAGAAUCAGUAUGUCUACAAAUAUGAUUGAAAAGAUAUUCGGUUUAUCAGGCAUGAAAUGUCUAAAAGUGCUCUCGUUAUCAAGAAAUUAUAUCAAGCAAAUAUCAGGCCUGGAAGCUGUGGCCGAAACUCUGGAAGAACUCUGGCUAAGCUACAAUCUAGUCGAGAAAGUUAAAGGUAUGGCUGGUCUUAAAUGCCUCAAAGUACUCUACAUAAGCAACAACUUGAUCAAGGAUUGGUCCGAAUUCAAUCGUCUCGCCGAAAUUGAAUCCCUGGAAGAUUUAGUAGUAGUUGGCAAUCCCUUGUCAGAGGGCCUAGAUGAGCCUACUUGGAGAGCCGAGUGCAUCAAGCGUCUACCAACUAUACGAAAAUUGGACGGUGAGCCCGUCGUGCUAAAAGAGGAGCCAAUUUUGUAAUUGAUUAACAGACUCUCUAAUAUUAAAAACAAUCCCCGGCUAUAAGAUACCUGGAACUUAAUUCAAGUCUAUAUAAAUUAUAUCCAUAAUUCCGAAAAUCUAACGGUAUGAAACCACUGCAUACAU